GCAGCAGCAGCAGUAGCUGCCACAGCUGCAGCAGCAGCUGCCACAGCUGCAGCAGCAGUAGAUGCAGCAGGAGCAGCAUCUGCCACAGGUGAAGCAGCAAUUGCCACAGCCGCAAUUGCCACAGCUGCAGCAGCAGUUGCCACAGAGGCAGCAGGACCAGCGUCUGCCACAGCUGCAGCAGCAGCUGCCACAGCUGUAGCAGCCGCAGCGUCUGCCACAGCUGCAGCAGCAGUAGCCACAGCUGCAGCAGCAGUUGCCACAGCUGCUGCUGCCUCAGCUGCAGCAGCAGUUGCCACAGCUGCAGCAGCAGUUGCCACAGCUGUAGCAGCAGCAGCAUCUGCCACAGCUGCAGCAGGAGCAGCAUCUGCAACAGCUAUAGCCUCAAUUGCCACAGCUGCAGCAGCAUCAGCAUCUGCCACAGCUCCAGCAGCCGUUGCCACAGCUGCAGCAGCAGCAGCAUCUGCCACAGCUGCUGCAGCAUCUGCCACAGCUGCAGAAGCAGUUGCCACAGAUGCAUCAGCGGCAGCAUCUACCACAGCUGCAGCAGCAUCUGCCUCAGCUGCAGCAGCAGUUGCCACAGCUGCAGCAGGAGCAGCAUCUAUCAGAGCUGCAGCAGCAGUUACCGUAGCUGCAGCAGCAUCUGCCACAGCUGAAGCACCAGUUGCCGCAGCUGCAGCAGCAUCUGGCACAGCUGCAACAGCAGUUGCCACAGACGCAGCAGCAGCAGCAUCUACCACAGCUGCAGCAGCAGUUGCCACAGCUGGAGCAGCAGUUGCCACAGCUGCAGCAGCAGCAGCAUCUGCCACAGCUGCAGCAGCAGUUGCCACAGCUGCAGCAGGAGCAGCAUCUACCACAGCUGCAGCAGCAGUUGCCACAGAUGCAGCACCGGCGGCAUCUGCCACAGCUGGAGCAGCAGUUGCAACAGCUGUAGCAGCAGCAGCGGCUGCCACAGCUGCAGCAGCAGUUGCCAUAGCUGCAGCAGCAGUUGCGACAGCUGUAGCAGGUGCAGCAGUUGCCACAGCUGCAGCAGCCGUUGUCACAGCUGUAGCAGCAGCAGCAGUUGCAACAGCUGCAGCAGGUGCAGCAGUUGCCGUAGCUGCAGCAGCAGUUGUGACAGCUGCAGCAGAUGCAGCAGUUGCCACAGCUGCAGCAGCAGUUGUCACAGCUGUAGCAGCAGCAGCAGUUGUCACAGCUGUAGCAGCAGCAGCAGUUGCCAUAGUUGUAGCAGCAGCAGCAGUUGCGACAGCUGCAGGAGGUGCAGCAGUUGCCACAGCUGCAGCAGCAGUUGUCGCAGCUACAGCAGCCGUUGUCACAGCUGUAGCAGCAGCAGCAGUUUCCACAGCCGUAGCAGCAGCAGCAGUUGCCAUAGCUGCAGCAGCAGUUGCGACAGCUGCAGCAGGUGCAGCAGUUGCCACAGCUGGUAAAGCAGCAUCUGCCACAACUGGUAGAGCAGCAGCUGGCAAAGCUGGUACAGCAGCAGCUGCCACAGCUGGUCGUCUUUUCUAA